AUGGAUAUUUUUAAGGAUUUAUUUGCCACAUAAGGCUUUCAAUUAUGUGUGAAAGCUGUUUAAGAUGUUUAACCAACAGGAGAUUAGGAAGCUUUAUUCAAAUAAUGUCAAUAAAAUUAUGCAAAUGCAUAUAAAGUAGUAGGAUAAGAGUUUCUUAGAUUUUUCAAUAAUCAACCAUCCAAAGAUAGAUAUGGUCCUCCAGAAGAAAUUUGA